AUGGUAAGCGUCACUCAUCCAUCAGCUCCACUGAGAGAAAACAUAGUUCGUGUACAUACCCAUCCCUCUUUAUUGGUAAUUUCCCCAAGGUACUGCGGCACUUUUCAAGGAGAUUUUCAUAAACUUUUAAAAAAUUUAUUUAGUGGUAAUGAUACCAAAGUCACGUCUAUAAUCCAGGCAGAACUGCACUUAAUGGGUUUGCCAACAGCAGUAGUGGAAAGUUUUAUACCAAAGGUGAGUACUAGUUUUGGUGAAAAAUUUUACAAGGCAAGGAUAAUCAGUCAAAGUGGCUGUUCGAAAAGGGAUUCAUAUUGGUAG